AUGAGGCAAAAUGCGUGCGACGAAGCAAGCCUUGAGCGGGCUGUCAACACGUUUCCGUCGCUCGCGGCGCUCUCUGUGGCCGUUACUUCGCAACUCCGCUCUUUCCCGGAUUUCCGCCCUGGUCAGCUGCGCGCGCUCAAGACGUUGGACCUCGGAUGGCUCGACGCGCUCCAGCACUUACCUGACGCCAUGUCGCGGCUCUCAUCCCUCGAGUCGCUCUCCAUUACCGAAUGCCCUCUUCUCGCCGCCUUCCCUGCAUCCGCGCUCCGACUCCCUCAGCUCAAAACCCUCGUCUUGCGUCAACUCGCCUCGCUGACGAAUUUCCCGCCGUCGGUCGCGUGUCUCGCGUCGCUGGAGACGAUACACGUGACGCACUGCCCGCGUCUCGCGUCGCUUCCUGAAGACACGGGAGACCUGCCUCGUCUCAACCGACUCGUCCUCGCACAUCUCCCCGCGUUGGACCAUCUUCCGGACGGCCUGGAUGGCUUGUCCGAGUUACAGCAUCUCUCGCUUCAGCACAUGAAGACCCUCAGCGCUAUCCCCGCGUCCUUCUCCGCUCUUUCGUCGCUCCAUCUCCUCGACCUCGUCGCUCUCCCGUCCCUCUCAACGCUACCGGAAUGCGACCGUCCGUUUCCGCGCCUCCUCGAGGUGCAUCUUAAAGACCUUCCCGGGGCGACAGCGCCGGAUACGUUCUUUCGCCGCAUGCCCGCACUGCGCCACUUGAGCUGCGAGAACAUGGCCGGCGUGCCGCCGUCGCUCUCCUGUCUGACGAGCCUCGCGUCGCUCCACGUGCACAGGUGCCACAGCGGCACCGCCGCGGCGCUUCCGGAUGGCAUGGGCCAGCUCGCGCGCCUCGAGCAGCUGCGGCUCGACCACGUCGACGGGCUCGCAGUGCUGCCCGAGUCGUUCUGCUUGCUCGCGCGGCUGCGGAAGCUUGAGAUUGAGGGCCUCCCUUGCCUGUCGCGCCUGCCCGAAAACUUCGGGCAACUGGAAAAACUCGCGCAGCUGAAGCUCCGAAGCGUGUCAGUGGAAAGCCUUCCGGAAUCCAUUGGCUCGCUGUCCAGCCUGGAAGAAUUAAGUAUUUAUGGUUGCCCGAUUCUCACGCGCCUUCCUGACGCGUUCAGCCAGCUUCCCAAGCUCAAGACGCUCUGUGUGGAGAAUUGCCGCAGGCUGGAGCAGCUGUGCCCGUCCAUGGCUGCUUGCGCGAGCCUCGAGAGUCUGACCGUGUCGUGGUGCCCGAAGUUGAAGCACGUGGCAGCGCCAGUGGGAAAGGAAUGCGGAGCAAAGGUGACUGUGGACUAG